CAGACAUGGAUUUACCUUGUGGUUAGACCUAAGGAAUAAGGAACCGGUUUAGAGACUGACAGCAAUUUGGACCAUUCACAAUUUGAAGAUUUUCAAACUACGACAAGAUGAUCAACAACUCAAGCACAUACUCAACCCUUAAUGACGUCACUGGGACAAGUCCCACCUUUGACGACGUCAUUAGUACGGUUCCCUCUUUCGAUGACGUCACCAACAUCUCGCACCUGUUCCAUCGAAAGAAGAAGUCAGGAUCUCAUAACGUGACCGCGGAGGAUCUGGAGUCGUUUAAAAUUGCCGAUGUCGUUAAUCUGUACAUUCCGCCAGUGAUUCUCGUGGCCGGAAAUCUCUGCAACAUCCUGUCAAUCGUGGUCAUGCGCACUCGCCACUUCCAAAACAUCUCCACGUCGAUAUACAUGAUAGCGUGUGCUAUCAAUGACACGGUGAGCUUGUGGAUUUCUCUGUUAGCACAUUGGCUGUACGUGAACUUUCCGGAGGCAAUAAUACGCACGGAGUAUUCACACAUUAUGUGUAAGUUUUUUAACUUUUAUGGCUGGGGGAACUGUGACUAUACGAUAAUCCUCACCGCGGCCAUGACCGCCGACCGCGCAUUUGCAAUAAUGUAUCCUAUUAAGGCCUCCGUUCUUAAUCUGACCAAACGGGCGAAAAUCACGGUGUCCUUGUUGGUGAUAAUAGUUGUUGCUAAGGAGUUCCACCUUCUCAUUUCUUCCGACAUCGUCCCUGCCACGCGACGUGAUCGUCUCUGCGACGUUAUCCCAAUAUCCCCCACCUACAAGUACUUCUGGGAUGACGUAUGGCCGUGGAUUCAUAUCACAUAUCUCACCGUGUGCUUCGUCGUAAUACUUAGCAGUAACGUCAUAAUAUUCCUCAACGUCAGGCGUUCUGAAGAGAUGAAGGACUUCAUACAAACCGGGCACCGAGAAAGGAGCGGUUCGGAGACGUCCACCAGCAAUGCCGGGACCCGGUCAAAGUUGUUGCAGAUCACGACGAUGUUGCUGGCGCAGUCAACGACGUUGAUUCUUCUGACGUAUCCCUUUUCUCUACAUCUCGCGAUUUCCUCCCAGAUUCCUGACCUGUACACGGACCCUGUUAAGAAGGCAGCCAACCAGUUGGCUUUUUCUGUGGUGUUUUAUUUGCUCUAUUCCAACAAGUGCGUCAAUUUCACAAUUUACUGUAUUAGUGGUGAACGAUUUCGACUCGCACUGAGAGAAGUGUUGUGUUGCAGAUCAUCCCGGAAACGUCACGUCACCAUCACUAUGAUGAUAAAACCCGUCAUCUCUGCAAGCCAGACCACCAUCAGCACCAUAUCCAGUAUCCAGAUGUCAUCUCUCAAGGACACAAGUAAACAGGUGCGCGAUGUUCCGGGAUAAGCACGGAGCGCACGUUCUGCGCGUGCUCCUGAUCCCAUGCCACGUCGCGCACGUGCCUCAUGACCAAAUGCCUCGUGACCUGUUUCGAUGAGAUCACUCUUGUGGCAGGAGGGCGGUUACUUUUCGUAUUGACGAGGACAAAUUAAUUAUUAUAUGUUCGUCAGAAUCGCCGCCUGUUUAUGUUCACGUUGUGCAGCGGUUCAAAAUAUUCAAAGAACAAAGUAUUCUCAUGGUUUUUAGAGACAGGUUCAAAUGCAUUCAUUUAAUUUUGUAUACUUGAAAACCGAUUCAAAGAUUUUUUAUCAAUAAACUUCGAUCCGGGCACAUACAGACGUCACAUCCUGAAGUGACGUCACAUCCUGUGCAAAAAAGACCACAAAGAAAACAUGAUACACUAUUGAUGAGAACUAAUUGUUUUAAAUUCUCGACUGCUUUAAUCCUUCUUCGGGAGAAAACACCAGGUCUUGUUAUCAGCUAUUGUGUCUAACCAAACAAAUGUAAACAGAGUUGUGCAGAGUUGCGUCCCUUGGGCACGCCAG